AUGACAUUUUUAACUUCAUUUCUAUUCCUUAGUUCAGGAUUCCUUAUUUACAUAAUUUUGAACACUCACAUCUCUUCAUAUGUUAUUAAUGAUUUUAAAUUAAUUAAUUAUAGGAAUUUCUAUCCUGAAAAUUCUAUUUACACAAAUUCUUAUAUUAUAAAAUCAGUAUGGGCUAAUAAAUAUUCUCGUAAUAGUCCAGAAAUGGACUUGCUGAUUUCUAGUAUUAAUAACCCUUCUUGGGAACAUGGUCCUUUGAAGAUUAACCGUCCACACACAACUAAGGAAAUUUACAAGGUAAUGGAAAGUCUUUUAAAACGUAAAUUACAUAUGAAUGAUAUUAAAAAGAUUUUCUAUAAACCUAUUAUUAAAGAUGAGGAUUAUUUUGAUACGGAACAGAUUUAUAUUCCUCCAUUCAGACCUGAACCUAAGCCUUUAGAUAUAUUUGCUACUAAGCCUACUACUAAGGCUAUUGAUAGUUCUAAAGGUGAUGGUAUAAAAUUGAUUGGUAGAGAUAUUCCAUUUAUAAAGGAUGGUAAGAUUAAUAUUGAGAAACAGCGUUACAAAUUUGAAGAUAUCCUUGCUCAAACAUUAAUUUCAGCACUCUUGGAACAUGAAGAAAUUACUAAGUUUGAGCCAAGUAUUGUAAAAUAUCCACUUAAACAUCCGAAGGAUGUUAUUAAUAAUUAUAAUAGUCAAAUUGUUAAGGAGUUACUUAAUAAUAUUGUUGUUAUGGAUAAGGAUUCACCGGUUUAUAUACCUCAUGUUGAUCCUGAGAAUCUUGAACAUAUUCCCGGCUAUAAUUAUUCCAAUUUCACCAAUAAACUUUAUGAAAAUUAUACUAAAUUCCUUGAAAAAGAAUCCAAUGUUAAUUUCUCACAUUUAUUUACUAAUUUAUUAAAUCAACAAGAAGAAUUGAAUUUUGGUAAUUGGACAGAAUAUUUGGAAACGGAAUUAUUAUCAUAUUUAUACAAAUAUUCAAAUUUGGAGAAUAAUAAUAUAAAAAUAUCACAAGAUGAAUCUAUGUAUGAUCAUAUUUAUAUGUUCCUCAAUUUCAUAAAGAUCAAAUUCAUUAAAAGUCAAUUUUUCAAAUCAGAAUAUAAAUUACUCAAUAAAUACAUACAAUUCAAUUUGAAUAGAAAAUCAAGUUUGAAGAAAAUGCCAUAUUGGAUAUGGGUUCAAUAUUGGUAUAAUAGAGAAGAUUUUAUAAAUGAGAAUUUAUAUGAGAUUUUAAAGGAAAUUGUAAUAACAGAUCCAAAAGCGGAUUUAGGUAAGAUAACUUCAGGUUUAUUUGAAUAUACAAAUCCAUUAAAGAAAAUUAAUACAUUUAACAUAUUAUCCAAAUUUACUAUUAACAAUAUUAAUAAAUAUUUCAACUAUGUAAUUAGUAAAUUUGAUAAAAUCUCACCUAAAGUUAAUGAAAUACAACAUAUUAUUAAUUCAUAUUCCCAAGAGAAGAUAGAACCGAUAGGAGAUUUUUCUACUGAUGUAAUUAAUAUGAAUGAUAUUAUUGAUAAACUAGUAAAAGAUCAUAAAAGGAAUUUGAAAUUACAUAAUCAAACUAAUGGUAGUUGGAGUAAGGGUAGUAGUUGUGUUAAUGGGAGUGUUAGUGAUACUAACAGCUACCGUGAUACUGACGUUGAUACUGACACCGAUAUGGAAAAUAUAUUGAAUGAAAAAUUGGAUAAAAAUUUGUUAGGAUAUGAAUUUAGAAAUAUAUUAAGUUUUAAAAAGUUUGAAGAAGAGUAUAGGAAACAUAAUAUGAAACAUUUUGGUAGACCAGAUUAUUGUAUAAAAAAAGGUCAAUUAAUCAAGGGAAAAGUAUAUAAAAUCUUUAAAGAUAAAGUUAUUGUUGAUAUACAUGCAAAUAUUUUAGCACAAUUAUCAUUAAUUAAUUUUUUUCACUCACCUAAAGAAGUUCCAGUUGGUGGAUUUAAGAAUUUGUUUAAUGUUGGUGAUGAAUUGAUGUUUGAGAUUAUUGAAUUGUUUGAUCAUAAAAUUGAAUUAUCUAUGAAGAAUAUUAGGAAAUUUCAUAAGUUUAGAAAGAUACUUGAAAAUAAAAAUAAUAUCUUCUUAACCAAAGUUCUACAACGUUAUUAUAAUGGUAUUCUUGUACAAUAUUGCAAUUCCAAUAGCAAUUCUCUUGAUACCAGUACCGAUAACAAUACUAAUUCCAGUGAUACCAACUCCAAUUCCAGUUCCAAUGAUACCAAUACUAAUGACACCGACCCUUAUAUGAAUAAUUUGAAAGAUUUAAGUAAUUGUGGAUUUGUACCAUUGAAGAGUUUAACACAAAAGUAUAAAAAUGAUAAUGAAUUUGCUGAUAUAAAUUUGGUUGGACAGGUGAUUCCAGUGACUUUUGAAUACUUUGAACAUGUGAGUGAGAUUCCAAUACUAAGUAAUAGAGAAGCACUAAAGAGACUACAAAUAAUUUAUCUCAAAGAAGGUGAUAUUGUUAAAGGACAAGUCAUUAAAUAUAAACCUUAUUCUCUUGUUAUCAAAUUUGGACAUUUGGAAGGUUCUUUAUUUGUUAAUGAUAUGAAUAUUGAAUGUUAUAAACAACAUCUUGUAACUUAUCCCAAAUACAUUAUUACUCAAGUCAAACAUAUUGAUCAUGUAAUUAAACUUCCAUACUUAGUUAUAUUAUCCAUUAGGAAUUGUAUUAUAAUGUUGAGUAAUAAGGAUAUAUAUGACUUGAGUGAGGAGAAAUUAUCGAUGACUAACCAGUUUUUAAAGGAGUUUGAAAGUUAUUCACUUGAGGAGAAUCUUGAAAACUAUCAAAAGUUCAUGUCAAAUUAUACUUACAAGGAACCAAAUACUAUUUAUAAUAUUGAAUCAAAACCAUUAACAGAAUGGACACUAUAA